GGACUUUGAAAUAUCAAAUUUCUAGCUAUGCAUAUAGAUCAGAUAGAAAAUAAUUUAACUGAUAAAAGAGGAACAAAAAUAAUAGAAAACAUAAGUUUAUGCCAUUAAAUGGGAGACACAUGGAUCUGAACUCAAAAACUAUUUGAAAUUGAGGUCGUUUGAUAACAUGCACCAACUUCAAUAUCAUUUUUAUUUAAAAAAUCAAUCUAAUUAGAAACAAUGUAGAAAUGCCCUCGACGAACAUGAUGUGACCUCAUCAAUGCAAAAUUAAACAGUACGUCACGAUACAAUACGAAAUGACGACAGGAAAUGAUGACAGGAAUAGAAUUACCUAUAUAGACCCUGACGUCCUCGUCAGACAUCAAGAUUAGAAUUAUCAAGGCGAUAUGAAAUUAUAGAAGUGGGUCCUAUGAGUUCAAGAGAUUGCUCCCACCAAAUUCGUUGACGGAGCACUUAGCCCAGCAUAGCACUUAGCUCCGUCCUCGUCAAAUCCAAACUUAGACAGACACCAGGACUAAAAUUAGCAGGCGAUGUGAGAUUAUAAAAGUGGGUCCUCCUCGUCAGAUCCAAACUUAGACAGACACCAGGACUAGAAUUACAAAGCGAUGUGAGAUUAUAAAAGUGAGUCCUCCUCGUCAGAUCCAAACUUAGACAGAAACCAGGACUAGAAUUAUCAGGUGAUAUGAGAUUAUAGAAGUGGGUCCUAUGGGUUAAGAGGUGUCAAAUGUAACAAUCCGACCCGCUAACAAUAAUAAUCCGUUAGGUCCAAACAACUGGCCCGAAAUAUUUAAAUUCAAUUAUUAUAACUAAUAUGCGAGAUCUUAUAUAAACUGAUCGAAAUCAGCAUCCUAUCCGACGUGAAACUAUUGGGAUGUUACAUUACACUCCGUUCACAAAAUAUGUACAUAUAUAUAGUCAAACAUCGAGUGAACCCAAAUUAGAGGAGAUCCAUAUUAUUCUCUACGCACACCAUGUGAAAACGCUGCCUCCCAUCCACUUUUCUCUCUCUCCACUAUUGUAUACUUUUACCGAAGUUAUUAAUUCUCUUAACAAAAAUAUAUAAUAAUACUAUAUUACCAAAGUGGCCCCAAACAUUUCCACUAUGUUUACUUGCCCUAGUUAAAUUAGUUCUCUUUCUUAUAUGCCACUACUGUCACUAUGAAUGAUGUUCACAACUUUGUCCCCCAUCUCCCCCUUCUUCUUUCUCCUCUUCCUCCUCUGAGAGUAUGGUGCAGCUAUAUAUAUAUAUAUAAGAAGCUCGCACGGAAAAAGCAGAAGCAGUAGAGAAGCUGUUUUAGAAAGCUUAAUAUAUUGUUUCGAGAGAGAUCGAUUAAUUAGUUAAGAGUAUAUGGAACCCAUUGUGGUCUCACUAAUCAAAACAGGUGAUUUGAUAUGGAAUGAGGGGUCGCCGAUCGAUUUGACCGACCUAACGGAAUGUUCAGUUUAUCUUCUGAGAGAGAUUCGAAACUUGUUGAUAGUCCCGCUGGUGCGAAUUGUGGUGGUUGUGUGUUUAGUUAUGACGGUGCUGAUACUGGUGGAAAAGCUUUUUGUGGGUGCGGUCGCCUUGGCGGUGAAGAUAUGGAGGCUAAAGCCGGAGAGGCGGUAUAAGUGGCAGCCGAUUGCGCCGGACGAGGAGGAGGGGAGUGCGGCGUACCCGAUGGUGCUCGUUCAGAUCCCAAUGUACAACGAGAGAGAGGUGUAUAAGCUUUCCAUCGGAGCAGCAUGUGGAUUAAAGUGGCCCUCGGAUCGCGUGAUAAUACAAGUAUUGGAUGAUUCAACUGACCCAGAAGUGAAGAGUUUGGUGGAUUUGGAGUGUCAAAAAUGGAAGAGCGAAGGAGUGAACAUAAGAUACGAGGUGCGAGGCAACAGGAAGGGAUACAAAGCUGGCGCCCUGAAAGAAGGAAUGAAGCACGAAUACGUGCAGGAGUGUGAAUACAUUGCCAUGUUCGACGCCGAUUUCCAACCCGAAUCCAAUUUCCUAUUGCGAACUAUACCUUUCCUCAUGCACAACCCGGAAAUAGCACUCGUUCAAGCUCGAUGGAAAUUCGUGAACGCCGACGAAUGCUUGAUGACGAGGUUGCAAGAGAUGUCGCUCGACUACCAUUUCAAGAUCGAACAAGAGGCAGGAUCAUCAUGCUUUGCGUUUUUCGGUUUUAAUGGAACCGCUGGAGUUUGGAGGAUAAAAGCCAUCACAGACGCCGGCGGUUGGAAGGAUCGGACGACGGUGGAAGACAUGGAUCUAGCGGUUCGAGCUGGCCUUCGCGGUUGGAAAUUCGUUUACAUCGGCGACCUUAAAGUUAAAAGUGAGCUACCAAGUACUUUCAAGGCAUUUAGGUACCAGCAACAUAGAUGGUCUUGUGGCCCUGCUAAUUUGUUUAAGAAGAUGGCUGUGGAAAUUAUACAAAGCAAGAAGGUGUCAAUAUGGAAGAAACUCCACAUACUAUAUGACUUCUUCUUUGUCGGUAAAAUUGUGGCUCACACAUUAACCUUCAUCUACUACUGUGUACUGAUUCCAGUUUCCGUGUUUUUUCCCGAAGUGGAGAUCCCUCUCUGGGGUGUGGCUUAUGUUCCCACAAUUAUUACCCUCUGCAAAUCUGUGGGUACACCAAGCUCUUUUCAUCUGGUGAUACUAUGGAUUUUGUUUGAGAAUGUUAUGUCACUGCACCGGACAAAAGCGGCUUUAACUGGUUUGUUGGAUGCUGGGAGAGUCAAUGAGUGGGUGGUCACUGAGAAGUUGGGGGAAGCUCAAAAGACAAAACCAGCUACAACACGAGAAGCAGAUCUGACUAAGAAUCUAUUAGUAGAUACUCAUGAGCAAACAAAUCCAUGCAUUCUCAAACCAAAGAAACAGCAAACUAGGUUUUGGCAUAGGUUCUAUUACUCGGAACUCUCCGUUGGAACCUUCAUGUUGCUUUGUGGGUGCUAUGAUGUUGUAUAUGCUAAAGAAGGAUACUUCAUCUACCUCUUCCUUCAAGGACUCGCAUUUUUAGUAACAGGUUUUGGGUGCAUGGGCACACAUCUCCCUGAUUCUUAACCAAGUUGCGAAUCCAGAUAAAUAAUGGGACUAAGUCGCAAAAUUGCACAUAGCUGCUCCAGCUUCAUAUAAAGAUAUUCUUGUCAUCUUCAUGUAUUUGUAUUUCCCCCUCAAAAGGGAGCCACCAUUAGUUCUUUAUUUCUAGCGGCAAAAAAAGCUCGAUAAAAUAAACAUCUAGUGCAUUUUCAUUUUUGUUAGAAUUUAAAUACUGAGCUACCGAUCGAUGUACCAUGUAAUUAUCAACUUUGAUUCUGAUAUUAUUUGUUGGAGCAUAGAUAAAAUAAUCAAAAGAAGUGGUUUGAAGAGAAAACAAAAUUGGAUUUGUAUUUGUAAAGGUUUAACAAGAGCAUGAGUUUUAAAGUAUCAGCU